AUGAAGAUGGCUGCGCCGGUAGAUGAGGAGUUUGAGGAUGCCCCAGACGUGGAGCCAUUGGAGCCCACCCUGCUCAACGUGAUAGAGCAACGCUCGCUCCGCUGGAUCUUCGUAGGAGGGAAGGGAGGAGUGGGCAAGACCACGUGCAGCUGUAGCCUGGCCGUGCAGUUGUCUCGGAUUCGGGAGAGCGUGCUGAUCAUUUCCACAGACCCUGCCCAUAACAUCUCCGACGCCUUUGACCAGAAGUUCUCCAAGGUCCCCACGAAAGUGCGCGGCUAUGAUAAUCUCUUUGCUAUGGAGAUUGAUCCCAGCCUGGGAGUGGCUGAGCUGCCAGACGAGAUAUUUGAGGAGGACAACAUGCUCAGCAUGGGCAAGAAGAUGAUGCAGGAAGCCAUGAGCGCCUUUCCUGGAAUAGACGAGGCUAUGAGUUAUGCGGAAGUGAUGAGGCUGGUAAAAGGAAUGAAUUUCUCAGUAGUGGUCUUUGACACGGCUCCUACAGGGCACACGCUGCGACUCCCUCAACUUUCCAACCAUUGUGGAGCGAGGUCUGGGAGGGUUGAUGCAGAUUAAGAACCAGAUCAGCCCCUUCAUAUCCCAGAUGUGCAACAUGCUGGGACUUGGGGACAUGAACGCCGACCAGCUUGCUUCCAAGUUAGAAGAGACUCUCCCUGUCAUCCGAUCGGUCAGCGAACAGUUCAAAGACCCGGAGCAGACCACGUUUAUCUGCGUUUGUAUUGCGGAGUUCCUAUCCCUGUAUGAGACAGAGCGGUUGAUCCAGGAGUUGGCGAAAUGUAAAAUAGAUACACAUAACAUCAUAGUGAACCAGCUGGUGUUUCCUGAUCCUGAGAAGCCAUGCCGGAUGUGUGAAGCCCGACACAAGAUCCAGUCAAAAUACCUGGACCAGAUGGAGGACCUGUAUGAAGAUUUCCACAUUGUGAAGCUCCCUCUUCUCCCGCAUGAAGUUAGGGGGGCAGAAAACGUGAACACAUUCUCUAACCUUCUACUGGAGCCGUACAAACCGCCAAGUGGGAAGUGA